UCCUUACAAUUAAUAUAGACUAUCCAAGUUACAAUUUUAUGUAGCCAAUUCUAUGGUUCUAUGGUAUACGGUGCAAUAAACGUCAGAAUAGCUUCAGGCAAUUAUUAAGGUUACUUUUACCCUCUUGGCAAGGGUAUCCUGUUACUAGGUACCCCCAGGCUCCAGCUUAUCCUGAUGGUGGUUAGCCUCCGGGCACGCAAUUAUCCGAGUAUUAACAGCUUUCUCAUCGAGAUUUUCAUGUUGAUUUAUUAGGAAAUCCGUUACAGCUCACGAUACCUUCUUUCUUUUAGCCUUUGCCAUGAGAAGUCAUGCAUCAAUUCGGUUUUAGGGACUACGGUUGGGACUCUGUUCCCCUUCGAUCGCAAUCGCUCUAUACUCUAAACAGCACGUACGGAAAGACUAGUAUUUCGAGUCUUCAAUGGAUUCAUGACCUCUCGGAUUUUACCCGAGCCGGGUACUUACAGCUUACUAUUAUUAUUGCGUCCUUUUUGGUUAUCGUCAGAUAUCUUCUUCACCGACCCUAUUCCAAGGUCUCUGGGCCCGAAUCCAAUGUGCAUGCGGUAUCAUGGAUAUUCGAACUAUCUAGCCAGCUCCUGCGAGCUAGUUCGUUGGCUUUUAUGAUUGUUGCCGCUGUUAAAGGCGAAGGCAGGUGGACCGAUGCGACCGCUUUAGCCUAUGCUUUCGUCAUUGGUGUUUUGCGCCUGGCUUACGAUCUCGAGUGGAGGCACAUUGCCUUACAUCACACCAAUUUCAUCCUCGCUGGUUCCCUACUCAUCCUUACUUUAGGAGAGCUUCUCCCCUACAUUGAUACGGAUCAUGACGGGAGUAUGAGCGCAAUGAUGAUAUGUAGCAUGUCAACACUGGCUGCCGCUGUAUUUGUAGCUUUCGCCACGCGAAGGGAAUGGAUACCACCAUCACUAGAUCUUGAUAUUUCUGAGAAAAUACCAACCCGAGAGCCGUCCCCCGAAGAAACAUGCAGCUGGUUGGAAUAUUACGUGACGUACGAAUGGCUUACGCCUCUCAUGCUUCAGGGAUUGCGUCGACAGAUGACCUUAGAAGAACUUCCUAAUCUUCCUUGGUAUGAUGAGCCAUUCGUGCUGCUUUCUAGAAUUCAGGAGGCGCGGCGAAAAGGCCAGUCCACAUUUUGGACCUUAGUAUACUUCCUACAUCGAGAAGUCAUCACCAUGGGCUGUUGGAUUGCGUUAUCUUUCAUCUUUGAAAUGAUCGCUCCCUACGCUAUGUACGAGUUGCUUCGCUACCUUUCUGACCCAGAAGGAUCUCAGUUCCGGCCAUGGGUCUGGCUAGCGCUCCUUUUCAUAGGACCACUGUCGCGUUCUGUGUGCUUUCAGCAAUACGUAUUCAAAUCAACUCGUUUGCUUGUGCGUGUUAGAGCUGCGUUGACCCAGGAGUUAUACUAUAAAGCAUUGGGAUCUAUGGAAUUAGACGACGAGAUCUUUGCCGAGAUCGCUGCUACUGACAAGGAAAAAGAAAAGAGUAAACAAACCACUACCUCGACAGGUCGCCUAGCAAAUCUCAUGGGUGCCGAUGUGGAUACUAUUGCGAGGGGCCGAGACGUCGUUCUCGUUGCCUUCGGGGUGACGUCCGGAUCCAUCGUGGCUCUCAUUGGAUUGUACAAGUUAUUAGACUGGACGGCUCUCGUUGGUAUUGUUACAAUGCUAGUACUUUCGCCCUUUCCGGUUCUAAUCGCCCGGCGUAUGGCUGGUAUCCAACGUGACAUGAAACGAAUACAGGAUUCGAGAAUUUCAGUCAUCUCGGAGUAUCUAGCUUCGAUCCGAGCGAUCAAAUACUUUUCUUGGGAGGAGGCUAUCAUCAAGCGAGUCAACGAAAUCAGGCUUGGUGAACAGAAGAAGAUAUGGGCCUUAAACAUGACUUAUAUCACCCUGAAUCAACUCACCGAGGCGAUUCCGAAUCUAUCACUAGUACUUAUCUUUACCUUACAGGUACUUGUGCGCAAAGAACCGCUAACAGCAGAGGUCGCCUUCACAGCCAUUACAUUAAUUAGGACUCUCCGCCGAAACCUUUCGAUGGCGUCGAACAUGUCACGAGGUUUCACCGCCGCAGGUGUCUCUAUCAAACGUUUAGACCGCUACCUAAACAGUACUACGCCGUUACAGUCUCAUCCUGUUGGCCCGCUUCAAAUCAGCAAAGCGACGUUCAGGCGUCACAAGAAAGCUUCAUUUGGGCUAGAAAAUAUUUCUAUCGAUUUCGUUGAGGGUGGGUUAAAUGUGAUAACAGGUCAGAGUGGGAGUGGCAAGACAACACUACUCAUGUCGAUUCUGGGCGAGACUCUCUUAGAGAAUGGCACAAUCACAUGUCCCGAAGACAUUGCUUAUGCGUCCCAGAGCCCCUGGUUGCAAAAUGAGACGAUUCGCGACAAUAUCCUCUUCAACAGUCCUUUCGAGCAAGCACGAUAUGACCGAGUAAUCAACGCCUGCGGGUUGCCGAUAGACUUCGACGAAUUUCCGGAAAGAGAUGGUACUGAGGUCGGAGAGAACGGUGCAUCGUUAUCCGGCGGCCAGAAAUCUCGGGUUGCCCUCGCGCGAACUCUGUACUCGAAAGCGUCCGUGAUUUUGCUUGACGAUGUCUUUUCCGCUCUUGAUUCCAAAACGUCGGCAUUUUUAUGGGAGGAGGCUUUCUGCGGCGACCUACUUAAGGGAAGAACCGUUGUACUCGUAACACAAUUACCAUGGAUUGCGCCCCAAGCAGACCUAACAGUAACAUUAGAGAACGGCUCAGUAAAGGAUAUCCAGCAGAACCUUGGCGUGGUCCGAAAAUCCGUAACGCUCAACAAGACCCUUGUCGACGAAGGCAACCUCGACGAGACCGUGGAAGCGGCUGCGACUCAUACCGCCGAAAGCAAUGACACGACGCUCAAUGGAAGUUCUAACGUAAGCUCUAAUGGUGACUUCAAAAGUGCCGAAGAUAAACGCCGAGAUGAGGUUACACAGGAAGCUCUGAAGACUGGUCCAACUGCCCGGUUACAAUUUUUCCAAUACAUGCGACUAUUCGGUAAUCCGUUCUACGCCAUGCUAGCUCUUUCGAUGAGUAUCCUUUCCACCACCUCCUUUGUCGGGACAGGAUUGUGGAUUGCCGUCUGGGUAGACGCUUAUGGGAAGGAUGAUGCGUAUAAUAUUGGAUUCUACCUCGGUAUUUACGCUGCAUGGAGUAUCGCAGACGUCCUUUUCAGUGGCUUGACAUAUAUCGCAUACGAGAACGGCGGUUGGUACGCCGCAAGGACGCUGCACACUACUUUUAUCAAGGCAGUGCUGAGCGUCCCCCUUUCUUGGUAUAAGGCGACGCCUAUUGGCAGAGUGGUCAAUCGAUUUUCUAGGGACAUGGAUUCUAUUGAUAACCAAGUGGCUGGUAUGCUUCGAAUGGGUGUAGAAACGCUCACACGCCUUAGCCUUCAAAUUGUAGCUGUCGGCUCCGUACUUCCAGUCUUCAUGUUGCCGGCCGCCGCCUGUUGCGCCGUUGGGAUUGUGGCGGGAGAAUUGUACACAAGGACAGCUGUAGCGGUCAAACGGCUCGUGUCGUCGUCGCAAUCGCCUCUGUUCGCGCACUUCGCCGAUACUCUGGCUGGUCUCCCUAUAAUUCGCGCUCGCGCAAACAUGGCUCAGACUUUCGGCGAGCAACUGGCAGAUAAGCUGCGAAUAUUCGAGAGAUCUUCCGAAGCUCAGUUCAAUUGCAACAGGUGGGUUGCGCUCAAGGUCGACAUGAUGACUACGCUAGUCACUGUCGCCGCCGGUGCCAUUGCGGUGUCGAAAGCAGGUCUUAUCGCUGCAGGUGUUGUUGGAUUUUCGUUGUCGAAUGCGACGACUCUAAGUCAACUUAUCAUUAUGCUUGUAAGAGCAAGUAACGAACUUGAAAUCGAGAUGCAGAGCUUCCACCGAGUGCGGGAAUAUGCCUCUGUUGAGCCCGAGGAGAAGCCAGAGGAGGUCAAGAAAAUUACCGAAUAUUCCGAUAACCCCGAAUCCGCGGUGCCUCAUAAUUGGCCAACAACUGGCGAAGUCGAGUUCCGCAAUGUGACUAUUAAGUACGACCUGGAUGGACCGGAAAUCUUAAAGGACAUCAACCUCAAAUUUUCAGCCGGCGAGAGAGUCGCAGUCGUAGGACGGACUGGUUCUGGAAAGAGUACAUUGGUUUUAUCUUUACUGCGUUUCACCAAUGUCGUCUCCGGACAAAUCCUCUUCGAUGGUGUAGAUAUCACAAUGCUGCCACGCAGGAAGCUUCGAGAAGCACUCACGAUUAUACCACAAGAAGCGGUACUGUUCAACGGAGAUGUUAGAUCAAACCUAGAUCCGACAGGCGAAAUCCCCACGGAAACGCUCGAGAAAGCGCUGCAAUACUGUAGCGGAAUCGCAUCGUUCCAAUACCACCAGAACGCCGAGCGCGCGCAAAACGGAGACGGACUGCUUAUUGGAGAUAACGACACUUACUCCGAUGAAUCACCCAGUGACGUUGGUAUCACUCUUUCGACCCCCGUGAAGCCGAAGGGCGAGAAUUUCUCCCACGGACAGCGACAGGUGCUUUCGCUCUGCAGGGCUUUGGUGCGCGGGAGCAAGUUGAUGUUGUUAGAUGAGGCGACUGCAAGCAUGGACUACGAGACCGACCAGGGAAUCCAGGAGGUUUUAAGGAAGGAGCUAAAUGAGUACGGAAGAGACAGGACUCUGGUCACCAUUGCUCACAGACUGAAGACCAUCAUCGAUUACGAUCGUGUGGUAGUUAUGAGCGCAGGCUCCGUCCUCGAAGUCGGGAGUCCGAAAGAGCUUUACGAGACGAAAGGGCAGUUUUACGACAUGAUGAAGCACAGCGGGGAGUUUGAAGAUCUGGAGAGGUUUCUGAACGAUAAGGCGUGAGAUGUAUUCCUGUGGCAUAAAGAGAUAAUAGGGUUUAUAGAUGGAUAGAUAUUUGGAUGGGGUUAACUAAUAGGUAUAGACAUGUUAUAAAUAAAUGUUCUUUAGUCUAA